AUGGCCAACGGCGAUGGACCUCGCUUUGGCCUGCCUCCCAAGGACGAUGACUACCAAAGCUCGCCCCCGCCACAGAUUCGCCAGCGUAAAAUGUCUCACGCUGAGCAGCUGAUGCUCAAGGUGAUUGAGGGAACCGAAAAUGUAGAGCACGCCAUGAUGAACAUGCUCCAUAAUGCAUGGAAUGUCUGCCACUUUUCGCACCUGCCAAAGUGGUUGCAGGACAAUGACUACUUGCAUUUUGGUCACCGACCGCCGCUCGCCUCCUUCCAGGCCUGUUUCUGGUCCAUCUUUCGACUGCAUACGGAAACACUGAACAUCUGGACUCACGGGGUGGGCUGCCUUUUCUUCAUUAUCACGAGCGUCUACAUGUUCUUGUGGACUUCAUAUGCUCACGUGGACACCAUCGACAAGAUCAUGCUGGGCAUCUUCCUCACCACGGCCAUUCUCUGCCUCGGCUUCUCCGCCUGCUACCACACUCUGUCCUGUCACUCGCAUUCAGUGUGCCUAUUAUUUUGCAAACUGGACUACUGUGGCAUUUCACUGCUGAUUGCCGGCUCGAUAGUGCCCUGUCUCUACUACGGCUUUUACUGUCACUUUUACUCGAAGAUCAUCUACAUCGUCGCCACACUGGUGCNCUGCUGA